AUGGGUGUAAACCGCCAGAACUUAUUUGAAGUCAAUGAGGAGAAACUGAUGGCCCCCAUUUUGUCUGCACAUGCCCUAGGAAAUGUGCUCAAUCUGUAUGAGGCAGGCAAUAAAGACUUUACCACAUAUAAGGAGAGAAGCAUCUACCAGCUGGAAGAGAAAGUGAGGAGAAAGAGAGGCAAAGGGCUUUGUUCUGAGGAAGGUUCAAGUGUUGGAGUAUGUGAGGACUUUGAGAUGGAAAAAGACAGGAAUGAAUUGGAGCCUCAGAGAUCAGUGGAGGGUUACAGUCUCUUUGGCACAGGGGUUAAUGAGAAAUCCACUGAAGAGGACAUUCAUGACCAAUAGGCAGAGUACAGUGAGCUAGGGAACAUCUCUCUGAAUCUGAACAGGCAAAUAGGUUACCUGAAGGGAGAUACGAAUUUCCUAAAAGGAAUUAUAGUAGAAUAUGUAAUGUAUGAAGGUGCCAAAGUAACCAGGGAGGGUCUGAGCUGGCAGGAGUUGAUAGGGUAGCCAAUCAGUAUAGACUUACUUGUCAGAAGUCCUCAAAAGGAGAGAGAAGGAGAGGCCAAAGAUGAAGCAGAGUCCUUAGAGGAGGAGACACUGAUCUCUCAUUUCUUGGGGAUUUUUUGUUGUUGUUUUUAA